AAACGUUACUUUCCGAUCUCUUCGUGACGUCGGAUAAAUUUGAGAAACCCUGGCAUAGGCGAGCACGCGAACCGGUCCAAGUAAAUCGUCCCGUUCGAAUUGUAUUCGUUCGAGGAGAUUUAAUCCCUGAAAAGGCGGGUUCGCGGUCAGAUAUCCCGAGCUCGCUGGUCUGAAUAGAGGGGACACGUGAGCUUGCAGAUGCGCACAAAAGGCUCCAGAUUGGAGGACAGACCAGUUUCCGAAUAAACGUGCGCGGACGCGAGGGUUACAGAAGCGGGCGACCGUAGCUUUGUCGAGCAGUCGCGCGCGCGGAUCUCCGCUUAUAUUUCCAAGCCGCGAGCGUAACCCAGUUUCGAUCUUGGCGAACGUUCCGGAGCUAUCGAACCGGCACGCAGCUUUGUUGCAAACUACGAUCGCCUCUGUGUAUUUCCACAACCCGCCCGAGGCAAACUUUGAAAUCUAACAGCCCGUUAAACUCGCGCUCGCGAACCUAUGAUGCCAGCCGCCAAUGGAUCUCGAACUUGUCGAUUGCCAGCCUGCAGGUGCAUCGCCAGGAACUAGAAAAUAUUUUCGUCAGAGGAAGAAGAAUCUAACGUCUAUUAACCAUCCACCUGGAGAGACACGUCGAAAACGUCAUUGUCGUAGAUGUGGUACGUCGCACACUCGCUCGAACCGCCAGCGACCGAGAGAGGAACGAGAACGGGAAGAUACGCGGGAACGGGAUAGCGUGAUAGAGCGGUAGCGUGCGCCCGUCGGAGGGACGACAACGGCGCGCAUCGAUUGGCGCGCUAGCCGUGACCCCCACCACGCUGCUUUCGCUUUCACCCAAUGGGGCCUCACUUUCGCGCUCGCCCGCGCGCCGAGCCACGGCAGCCGGCACGCUGUCGUCGCCGGCGCUCAGUGACUGGUGCACCCUACGUGCGAGCAAGUGUUUUUCGUCGUGGACUCUGUGCACGAGAGGAAAAAGAAAAAAGAAGGAACCGGAGCCUCGGUGUGUUGUUCGUUGCGCGCGUAUCGCUUCAAUUAUCAUCUCUCCGUCUCGUCGAGUGGUGCGCGAGAAACGACUUUCGACGAUCCGGGGAAAUUGCGUUCGACGCUGCGCGCGCUUCGCGCCCGGUGACCCUGACAUUCGAGAGAAGCACCCGGCGAGACACGUUCAGUGACGGAUUCGUUCCUCGUCCUUGCUCGAGGCUGCGAGAAUUCGGUGAAUCUUUCGCGAUCCCUCGACCGUUCCGUGCCGGGAACACAACGUGUCGAUACUUUAGCUCGGGCCUACGCUGACCUUGACUCUGGUGGCCACGUAACAUCGCCACCACGAUAAACAGAUUUUUUCGGGACGCGUGUGGAUUCUCCGAGGUUUCGUGCGCAAAGUGCCCUUCGUUUCGUCCCAUUUAAACGAAGCGACAUCGAAUGACGUUCGAACAUCGCGCCAUUGGAUCGUCGACGAACCGCGCUUUUUCCCUCAAGUGACCGUUUCACACUCGAGGUGUCACUGUAAUUCCCCGCGACAUCUUGCAAUACGAAUCGGUCGGUGAAUGGGUGUGCAUGAGACGGUACAGGCGAGACGCGGGAAUUGCGUGAAGAUGAAGAAAUAGAGAGUGUCUCACGGAACCGUUGCGCAACGAAGAAUCAAUUCCAAUCGGUCGAUCACCCGCUGCGUUUGUCGCCACAAGCCUCAGCUUGCCUGCACGAGUCGUCGCGAAUUCACCCGGGAAGAGAAAUCAGAGUUGGCGAGGAGGCGAACAAGAGGGCAUAUAUACGGAUCCCGUAUAAAUUCAGGAAAGUUAUGGCACCACGGCGCCACGGAAACGGCCACGGUGGUGCAUUGAUGGAAAACGGGGGCGCCUGUGCCGGCAUCAACGACACGAUGGACAACAACAACCUGCUGGUGCAAACUCAAGUGACGUCGACGCGUUGCUGUACGCCUACCGGCGAGUGUCUCAGGGGCGACGCGUUGAUUCGGCUAAACUCAUUGCACGAUACCGUCAAGGUUACCUGCAACAACGACAAUUGCCCUGUCGGCCAGUUCAUGCAUCGCGAGUGCUUCGACGCCUGGGAGCAAACCGUGCUCACGUAUCUGAAGAGUUGCGGACGCGCACGUAGCUGGUCCGAGCGACAACGCCAUCAGAAUCUCUGGACGAAAAAGGGUUACGAUCUCGCGUUCAAAGCGUGCGGUUGUCGUUGCGGUCGCGGACACCUGAAGAAAGACCUGGACUGGAUGCCGCCUGGAACAGGCGGGAACGCUUCUGGCAACAGGCAGGAGGAGAACGAGGCGAAGAAAAAGAAACGACGCAAUCGUCAGAACAGCAGGCCCACGCUGGCCGUUUCUGCUGGCCCGCCGAGCCACGGCAAUCACGUUUCGGCCAAUGGUCGCGGUGCAACCGAGUUGCAGUUGAUCGAAUCCGGCCGCGGAAGGGCUGGUUCGCUGUCUUCCAGCACGGGAUCCAGCUCCCCACCGGCUACCAGCGAGCCCAGCGUCAGCCCGCUUCAUCAGCCCCAGGCCAUCAUGAAGAAGAAGAGCAAGGUCGAUUUUUUCAGCGAUCGAGCACGGCAAAGCUGCGGCGCAAACGGUAUCUUCUCGCGUCGCCUGGACUUCAGCGCCUUCAACAGUCUGCCGCGCACCAAGCUGAACUCCUAUCACAUUAAGAUGGAAGACGAGGGCAAUCACGGCAACGACGACACCAGAUGCUUCAUCCUGUCGACGCUGGCCGCGCUACAGUGGUCCAGAGUGACCUGCGUCCUUUGCCGCGCUCCCAUGCUCGUUUUCGACAGGUAUCCUUUAGUGGACGGUACAUUCUUCCUGUCUCCGAGGCAGCAUUCGCCAGCCUGCGCGGAGGUGAAGGUCGAAGGUCGCACGCAAUUCUUGUCCGCGGUGUGCAUGUGUUGCCUCGAGGGCAGCGGCGGUCAACCGGUGCGUUGUCGUUGCUGCACUCAGCCGUGGGACGGUUCCAGCUUAGUCCUUGGAACGAUGUACAGCUACGAUAUCUUUGCUGCCAUGCCCUGCUGCACCGAGCGGCUGAAAUGCAACAGCUGCCAGAAGCCUCUGAUCUAUCCUCAUCAACGGCUGAACUUCUACUCGGACUACAGUCGCGUUUUCGCCUGUCCACACUGCAGAGCCGUGGACGCCCACUUUGUGAAGCCGCUCUCGGUCUGCUUCACCCGCGAGCAGUUUCAGCUUUACAGCCAGUGGCCGUAACCAUUAGGGAACUUAGCUAACCGGCGUCUAAACACCGCGACUGACCCGUGUCCCCUCUUCUUCGAUCCACUGAUCUCCCUGCUCCGGGCGACCUUGCUCUAGAAAUCCUUCAACACUCGUCGGACCGUUUUGUUCUCUCUUCGGCUCCAUCAGGAGUAAUCGUCAUCAUCGUCAUCGAGGAAAACACUAGGAAGAAACAAGCUUGAAGAAUCCUGGAUUCGACGCUUUCCCUCUCCACUUCGAGAACGAUCUCUCCCCCUCAUCUCGAGGACGAUUAACGUACCGUUUUGAUAGUAGCAUUGGACGUUUCGAUUUCAGGAUAAAUUUCACCACGUUAUACGAAAUUCAAGUAUUUAUUUACCCUCUAUAACGUAAACUGCACGUGUAGUUU